AUGCCUGGCGCGCCAGCCGCCGGGUGUCGGGGCUCCGCACAGAUGCUCCUCCUUCUGCUCCUCUCGGCCUGCAUCCAUGCCAAAGUCAUCAUGGACCAGCACACGGAUGACAGCCACACCAUUCGCACCGUUCUCUCAAGCGACGGCAUCGUUCAACACUUUCAACCACAUCAAGACGGUCUGCUGACAACCGUUAACCUGAAGCUGGGUUCCAUGGAGCCCUGUCGUGAGUUUAGCGCAGAGUUGAUUGUGUUUGAGGCUCUGGCCGACACACUGGAAGAACCUGCACCCGUGACCAAAGCUUGGCAGCCAAGCAACCGUGAAGCUACCCGACGCAUCCUACACCGCCAGCCCGUCCAAUCGACCUGCUCUGCUUGUGAACUGUCCGCAGAUACCUGCCUCAUGACGCCAGCUUGCUCGCGCACGGCCUGCUUGGCUUGGCAAGGUUUUCAACUCGACGCUGCCAUCACUGUUUUGCACAAUCAAACGUAUGGUUUCCAGCUUCAAAACUUUGCCUCCCCACUCGGUGGCCUACCCGCCGUGGGUGUUUCCCUCGCGAGUGAAAACCAUGGUGGCUGGUCCAACUUGCCCAUCAACACCCGCCUCCUCAACACCCCCACCCAGUAUACCUUUCGCGCCUUCCUCGACGUCAGCGAUGCACAGAACGAAGCUGCCCUCCACGCUGGUCCCACUACCGAGGGUCCCAACUCGGGACCCUCGGUCGAUCAAACUGACCCAACCGUCGCAGUCGUCGUUGCCGUACUCUUAAGCUUGGUUGUACUUUUGGCUCUCGUCGUGGUGCUGGUGGCGCGACGCGCUCGGACCAAGGCCCGCGUCGCUCUCGAUAAUUAUCAGCCCAAGCCUUGUGACCUCGACCCUGACUUUGACACGCGAUCUCAAGCAUCCUCUGUGUUGGCCUGGCGUGCCCCUGUGAGCGUGACGGCCUCCUCCACACCGUUGUCAGCCCGGCGCAUCGAGAGCACCCCUGCAGACUGUGCGAGCCUACACGAUGGCGCUGCGCUACCCCUUUACACCAGCAUUCGCCACUUGAUCGAUCAGGGACAUGCUGAUAACGUUUCCCACUCGGCGGAUACCAUUUCUUACACCUCCAUACCAGCUGCCACCUCGUUUCUAGCCCAUCCAAGUCGCCAACCGGCAGAAUACCCGGCGCGCCAAGUUGUGGUGGCCCCCUCCGACACAUCCUCCAUCGAGGGCAAGGAAGACGUGGUCUCGCUUGAACAUGUUUCCAUCCUACCCGCGCAGUCUUCCUGGAGCAGCACGCCCAUGGCCUGGGGCACUACACCUCAGUCACAUGUCCUUCCACAUGUCCUCUCCCUCGUGGAGGAUAUAGACGACGAGCACGACGACCCUGAUGCCGCCGAGAAGCUCUUCGGACGCCUGACCCUUUCUGAGGUCUAA